AUGAGCCAGAAUCUCGAGGGGUCGCGACGCGCACCGAACACAUACCCGCCCAUCGAGCCGUACGAGACGGGGACGCUGAAGGUCUCGGAUCUACAUACGCUCUACUAUGAAGUUAGCGGCAACCCGAAGGGCAACCCCGGUGGCCCAGGAAGUGGUGCAGAUGCGAAGGAUCGCACCUACUUCAACCCCGAGAAGUACAAGAUUAUUCUCUUUGACCAGAGAGGCGCUGGCAAGUCGACACCCACGGCGUGUCUCGAGGAGAACACCACGUGGGACCUGGUGAAGGACAUCGAGAAGCUCCGCGAGCACCUCAAGAUCGAUAAAUGGCAUGUCUUUGGCGGGUCUUGGGGAUCGACUCUGUCUCUGGCUUACUCGCAGAGCCAUCCCGAUCGCGUGAAGUCGCUAGUGCUACGUGGUAUCUUCACCUUGCGUAAGAGCGAGCUUCGCUUCUUCUACCAAGAAGGCACCUCUCAUCUCUUCCCCGACGCAUGGGAGGAAUACAUCGAGCCCAUCCCCGAGCCCGAACGGCACGACAUGGUCACCGCGUACCACGCGCAACUCAACUCCGCAGACGAGGAGACGGCCCUGCGUGCCGCGAAGGCGUGGUCGAAGUGGGAGAUGGCGACGUCAAAGUUGUACGUCGACCCGGCGCAAUUGGCGCAGGUCGAGGACGACAAAUGGGCAAACGCGUUCGCGAAGAUCGAGAACCACUACUUCGUCAACGACGGAUUUAUGCGCGACGGCCAACUGCUCGGGCAGCAAGAGAUCGACAAGAUCCGCCACAUCCCGUGCAUCGUCGUACAAGGCCGGUACGACGUCGUGUGUCCUGCCACCACGGCGUAUGAUCUAAAGAAGGUAUGGCCGGAGAUCACGCUGCACAUCGUCCCCGACGCGGGGCACUCUGCGCGAGAGCCGGGGACGGCGAAGCUGCUCGUCGAGGCGGCGGACAAGUUUGCUGACCUCUGAGUGAUAGCGGGUCCGCGAUGGGGAAC